GUUGAGGGAAGGCAGUUGCACUCGGGGCAGGAGCAAGCAACCGAGUCGCUGGCGGGACGAUACGCGAGGCUUGGAGGGAUGGUAGUGAGGGAGGAGCAGUGCAGUCGGUUGCUGUCAGCUGGAGACUUGUCCCUGAGAUGGCUCGGGUCAGCAGUGACAAAGCAAGCAGGCAUUCCUGGAGCUGUCGGGUGGGGCAGUGGCUGCUUGAAACAUCACGACAAUUCGUGUCCACGGUUCCUGCCGAUCACCUCCGUCCAACUUGUCAAAACUCCUCUAUGCCGCAGUGGGCUCCAGAUUCAAACCCAGUCUCCGGACGCCAAGCCCCGCUUGAGUCCGGACAUCCCGGCCGGCCCCAUUCUGGAAGGUUUCCCUCUGCUCGGCCUUGGAAGUUGUGAUUGCGACCCUGACUGCAUUGCGCCUCUGCUGCCUGCAGUUGGUUCUUGCUCUCACUUUGGCCUCAUUUCUUCUCAAUUGUCAACUGAUAGCGGAAAAUAAUGAACCUCUCCAAGACCUAUCGCAUCAAUAACCUCAACUCGGCCAAAUAAUACCCCAUGAACAUGCAUGCACCGACGACGGAAUCCGGAUAGACCCCCGCUGCGGGCGGCAGCCCUACCGACCAUGCUACCGUUGCCAAGGAUCACAAGCGAUGCACCGUUGAACCCCAUGCCUGUACCUGACGCUAUUCCCCGCAGCACAUGGUACCGAAUGCUUCCGGUUUGUUUCGUUUUCACCUCUGGAGGGAAAUGCGACCUUGACAUGCGAUCUGCUGGGCUCUGGUUCGCCUGCAAUCCCAGCCGGUUAAUAUCAAGCCCGCAUUGAAUGCCACAACACUUUCGCCCUCUGUAUCCAUGCACGCUUGGAUGCAGAUCGGACGAAAUCUCUAUUUAUGCGACCCAUGGUUCAUCUCAAAAGACUCCCCUGGAACGGGCGAUUGACUGGAAAGAUGAGAUGGUGAAUCGCCCCCCUCGCUUUUACCUUCCCCAUUUUUCUUCUUCUUUUUGUUGAUAGCUUCUUCCCCCUACCCUUUUUUUUUUUUUAAGGGACUAACUCUUGUUUUUGUCAACCUCGUGGAACCUGAUGGCGGCAUAUCGGUAGUGGCCGCCUCACAAUCACAUCGAUUCGGCCAAAUGUCAAGACGUUUGGCAUUCCACACCAACCAAACCGGGACGACCACACCAGACACGGGUAUAUGAAUGGAAUCGAGAGGAAGCAUGGAACACACGGUGAGGCCGUUCUCGAUCACAGAUCGCGGGCCUCCGCUGCUUGCCAUUGAUGCAGCUGCUCUGGGACUCGCCCUGAUUGCCACGCUUUUACGAUGUUAUGUCCGCAUACGACUCGUCCGCGCCUUUGGCGUUGACGACUGGCUGAUGGCCGCAGCCAUGGUCACCUUUUCGGCCUACUGUUCUUUUUCCAUCGCCGGCGUCACCUACGGCACCGGACAGCAUAUCGAGGAUCUCCCCCCAGAAAACAAUGCGACCGCCAAGAAGUGGUGGUGGUGUUGCUAUCUAGCCUACUCGGCCACCAUGAUCCUCUCCAAGCUCUCCAUCGCCUACUUCCUCUUGCGCGUCACCAUCAGCCGAAUCCACCGCUGGAUCAUUUACUUUUCCGCCAUCAUUACCGUUGCCAGUUGCGCCACCUUCUUUUUCGUGUCACUCUUUCAGUGCUAUCCAGUGUAUUAUUUCUGGACAAAGCACAUGGACCCCGACGGCGGGACUUGCAUCGACAUGCAGGUUGUGAUUGGCCUGGCCUACCUCUUCAGCGCCAUGAGCAUCAUGUCGGACUUUACAUUCGCUCUUUUACCAGCAUGGAUUGUGUCACAUUUGAACAUGCGGACACGGACAAAGGCUGCCUUGAUCACCCUCAUGGGAUUGGGUUGUUUAGCCAGCGCCGCCGUUGUUGUUCGCCUCCCCUAUAUGCACCACAUUGCCAGCGAGGACUUUCUCUACGACACCACCGAUAUCGCCAUUUGGUCCACCGUCGAGCAAUGCCUGGCCAUCACGGCCGGUUGCCUCGCCACACUGCAACCCCUGGCCAAGUCUAUUGGCUACAGGCUGGGACUCACUACGCGUCCGAGCCUUCCCCUCAGCAACAGCGCCUACAAAAUGACGGGGGGCGAGAUCUCAGUGAGGAGGUCAUUUACCAGAAGAACAGAGACCUUCUCGUCGUGCGCCGUCAACCUGCGAGGCAUCCCACUCGAGGAGGGUGGUCUGAAGUUGCAGCCGGGAAUCUCGGGGUAUACCGCCAUGUGUUAUAACACGAGCGGUGCGGGCAGCCAAGAGGAACUGAGACCAAGUCAAGUCGACAGGCCGGAAAUAGGGGAUUCGGACCCGAACCUCAAGGAAGAGGAGGUAAUUGCUGUCACUGUAACGGUCAGGGCAAAGGAAGGAAGCCCAUAA